CGAGGUCUCAAAUAGCGGAAGUGCUGCGUCAUGGUUCCCACGCGGUGGAAGACCGUAGAUAUGGACGAAGGUCUUGCAUCCAGAACUCUCACCCGGGACAAUCGUCAACAAAGAAAGAUGGCAGCGACAAGCACCUGACUACGCUCUCUUUACGGUUCACUGCUAUCUACGCACACAUCUCAGGAACAACACCGCCGAGUAAUGGAUGUUGACGGACAACUGCCACGGACGUCUUGACCAGCCCAGGAAACAAGUGGCUGUUUUUAUUGGAGAGGACUAUCGUCUCGCCGGGAGGACUUUGAACUCGGUGAUGAAACCAAGUGGGCCCGUCGCGGACAAGUCGACUCUUUUGCACGGAACGUGUGUGCUCCUGCUGCUAAACAUGACCGGUGCUGCGGACCAGACCAGUGGAUCCACCCGGAACAACCGCGCCGGUCACACUGCUUCGUCAUACCUGGGGAAACUUCUGGUGGUGCCCAUGGACGGGAGUCACUGGAUCGGCAUCAAGGCCGUUGCGCAGGAAAUGGGUCGGCGCGGACACCAGGUCACCGUGGUGAUUCCGGAGGUCAGCAUGCAGUUGGGCCCGGGGGAGCACUACGACACUCUGACCUAUCCUGUGCCGUACGACAAGGCCUCGGUUGACUCCGUGCUGUCCGGCAACAAAGACAUGCUGCUCAAAUCCACACAGCCUUUCCUGGAGAGAAUGCAGAAAAAGUUUGCACAGAUGGGACGGGUUAUAGAACUGAUCCACACCGUGUCAGAGAGCCUUCUGUUCAACGACAGUCUGAUCGCACAUCUGGAUCAGCAGGGCUUUGACGCUGUCCUGACAGACCCCAUGUUGCCUACAGGCGCCCUAAUCGCUCGCAAACUAGGUAUCCCCAACAUUAAUAUUCUGAGAGGAAUUCCGUGUUUCCUGGAUAUGCAGUCUGCAGGGUGCCCGUCCCCGCCUUCGUACGUGCCUCGCUUUUUCACUGGACUCACAGACAAGAUGGACUUCAAACAAAGAGUCCUCAACACUGUGGUGAGUGCUCUGGAGCCGCUGCUGUGCCGAGUUGUGUACUGGCGCUUUGACCGCAUAGCCUCUCGGUUCCUCAACAAAGACGUGGGUGUGGCCGAGGUGUUGGCAGACUCAGCCAUCUGGCUGCACAGGAUCGACUUCACCCUGGAGUACCCGCGCCCGCUCAUGCCCAACAUGGUGCCCGUCGGGGGCAUAAACUGCGACGUGAGGAACCCUCUGCCAGCGGACCUGGAUCCCUGGGUGUCGGGAGAGCGGGGCUUUGUGGUGUUCACACUGGGCACUGCCUUGACAGAGAUGCCAGAAGAAAUCACCAUGGUGUUCCUCGAGGCCUUCAGGCAGAUCCCACAGAAGGUGAUAUGGCGAUACAGUGGAUCUGUUCCUGGCGAUAUCCCAGAAAAUGUGAAGAUGAUGAAAUGGGUUCCUCAGAACGACUUACUUGCUCAUCGUGGAGUUCGGGCUUUCAUCACUCACGCUGGGUCACAUGGUCUCUUCGAGGGAAUUUGCCACGCCGUUCCCAUGGUGAUGGUGCCAAUCUCCGGGGACCAGCCCGACAACGCGCAAAGGCUGGCGAGUAAAGGGGCGGGACUUGUGUUGGACAUCACGUCCAUCACCACGGAGGAUCUGCUGCAGGCUUUGAACGAGGUCAUCAACGACACCAGGCACAAAGAGACCAUGAAGAGGCUUUCUGCGCUGCACAAAGAUCGUCCUGUGGAGCCUGUGGACCUCUCAGUCUUCUGGACAGAGUUUGUGAUGCGGCACAAGGGGGCCGACCAUCUUAAAGCUGCAGUCACCGGCCUCAACUGGUUCCAGUACUUCUGUCUGGACGUGAUGGCGCUGCUGGCCGCUGUGCUGCUGCUCUGCACACUCCUCACCCUCAAAUGCAUCAAAUUCUGCUGGCGGAAAGUCAGCCGGAAGAGAAAACGAGACUAGACAAAUAAAUGUAAGCUUGCACAAACAAUGAUCGCAUCAAAAAGGUUUAAUGAGUAAAGGAGGUGUGAUUAGUGGGUGCCGCCCUUCUUUGGGGGGAAGAAGGCGUACUCCACGGCCAGAGCCACAGUGAAGGCAGCAAAGCCCCACUUGAAUCCUCUCAGCAGCACGUCAGACAAAGUCACAGCACGCUUAAAACCACCAGAGUACCUCCACGCCUCGUUACUACGGAGACAAGCAGCACAAACAUGGAAAAGUGGAUUAAAAAUAUGAUGGAAAUUCACCACUAUAACAAACUACUUUUUACCCCCCCUAGGCUUUGACCACCACCAUUUUCACAGAACGGGACAAGCGGUAGAAAAUGGAUGGACCAGCAAAUACAUUGAAAAUGUGUGUUAUUGUUUGGGCCACAGCGCCAUCUUUUGGACGUGUUGGCGCACUGCAGGGUAAAUAGCUUAACUGUAGAAGUAGAUUCAUUCAUCACUCCAAGCAACAUUUACCUUUUACAAUAUAACUACAACUAUUCAUACUUACUAAAUGUAUGUAGGAGUGUUUUCACGCAUAUUUGUGCACGCUAUCGUAUCGUAAUGAAUCGUUAGCAUUGGAAAACAUAUACAGUCGUGGUCAAAAGUUGACAUACAUGUGUAAAGAACAUCAUGUCAUGGCUGGCUUGAGUUUCCAAUCAUUUCUACAACUCUUUUUUUUUUUUUGUGAUAGAGCGAUUGGAGCACAUACUUGUUGGUCACUUUUGGUAGCCAUCCACAAGCUUCUGCUUGAAUUUUUGACCACCAAAGUGGUGCA